AUGGACUACUCCUUACCUUGUGGGGUGUGGCCUCCUAAUUUAAGCAAAUUAAGGAUAGGUGGCUUAAAUAAACCCAUGUCAGAGUGGGCCCCCCAGAAUUUUCCAAAUUUACUAGUUCAACUAAUCUUAUAUGGCAAAAAUUCAGGAGUGGUUUCAUUUGCAGUGGCAGAAGAUGUUAGGAAUACUACUACUACUCCAUCAUCAUCAUCAUCAUCAUCAUCAUCAUCUUUUCUUCUUCCACCAUCUCUCGUUUCUCUAACACUCAAUGGUUUUAAGGAUGUGGAAUCAUUUUCAGAGGUCUUACCACACCUCCCCUGCCUUAAAACACUUAAUAUUUGGAAUUGCCCAAAGCUUGGAGAUCUUAAGACCAUUUACAACCCAUCAAAUGUGACAAUACAUGUGUUGAAGUAA